AUGCCUACACGAUUGUGUAGAUUUGUAGAAACUUUGAAGAUACUUUCAUUAUUAACAAGAUUUGCAACUGGGGACAUAUCAGCGUAUUUUGAAAAAUCAUGGACCUAUGUAGACGUUUGUAAUGAACCUGUUCAAGCUACCCUAACAUCACACUCUGUAGAUUCAUGUGCUAUUAUUUGUUCUCAUGAUUCCGAGUGUCGUCGAUUUUUAUUCUGUUCAUCAACCUCUUCAUGCAAGUUAUAUAUGGACAAUGGUGGUUGUCGGAUUGCUGAGGGAACUCUUGGAUGUUCUUGUUUUCUUAAGAAAAAUGGCUGUAUCAAUGGAAGUUGUAAAUGUCAGUUAGGUUAUUAUGGAGAUAAUUGUCAGCAUGUUAUAAAAGAUUGCACGGAAGCUGAGGAACAUGGUAUCAAAUAUAACAAACCAGUUGUCCUUUAUGUUAAACCACCGGGUGUCACUGAACCGUUUAACAUUGUGUGCUACCCUUUAGGUGGUGGCUGGUCUUAUUUUCUUCAUCGAAAUUCACAAUGCCAGUUUGAAAAUUUCAACCGAAGUUUGAUGGAGUAUGAAACUGGUUUUGGAACAUUUCGCCACAACAUGUGGCUUGGUUUUGAUAAAAUCGUUCCAUUGCUGUCAAUACCAAACGCUGCGUAUUCCUUUAACAUUAAUUUGUUGAAGGAAGAUGGUUCAAGAUGCGACACCUAUUACAAUGGUAUUUUAUUGAAUAAGGUGAAACGUAUGUACACUCUGUAUUUAGGCCAAUACGUUGCUACAAAGCUGCCUUGUGGCAACUCCUUUACUGGAAUUUUGUAUCUUAAUGGAAAGUCUUUCUCCACUGCCGACAGAGAUCUAACUGGUGGUAAUAACUGUGCAACUACGUUAGGAGGAGUUUUCGUACAAAAUCAGUGGCAGAAUAUAACAUUUGACUACAGUUCAUCUCAUGUUUCGGAUAAAAACAAUUAUCACAAGGAAAUACUAGCUUAUUUUCAAAGUGGGGCUUGUGGUUUGUAUACAAAGAACGCACCACCUGUCGGUAGCCUGACCAAAACUCUGGACAAACAGAUAUGUCAUUGUCUCCGUGCUGUAAAAUAUUAUCGUUGUCGACUAAGUAAUUUUACUAAAUGUGCUCAUACAUCUCACGACAAAAGUCUUCCUAAAGUUUUAUGA